AUGGGAUCUGAAAGAGCGCCCGAUGAUCCUCACAUUGACCGGUUACUAUUUCCUGACGUCGCUUCAGAUAUUGAACUCAACGACAUCUUGCGACUGAUGGACAACAGCAUAGAUCCGUCUGAUUCCAUGUCCUUUGACCUCGACUCCAUCUUGCCGCAAGAGAAUGGGUAUUUUCCUACUGCAGAUUCAAGCUUAUACUAUGAUUCGUCACAAUUAGCACAACCUGUUCCUCCUAAUGGGACAUCGAUCUCGGGGUCCCAAGCGGCCCCGAGCAAAUCGUCGAGGUUGCCCGAUACCACAACAAAAGUUCUUCGACAAUGGUUCGAAAAUCAUGCCGAAUAUCCGUAUCCCAAUAAAAAUGAGAAGUCCUCCCUAGCUAAGGAAGCCGGACUGCAAAUCCAUCAGGUAUCUACCUGGUUCUCAAACGCCCGCAGACGCCGUAAAAGGGGGUCACCCGGAAAUGGCCCUCUCGUCUCUUCCAGUCUUGACGGCCUUGAUGAAUCCCGAAAGGCCACCCACGUACAAGAUCCUGCCAUGUGUCCGCUCGAUCGAUGGAGAAAUUCUCCUCCGGAACUCGAGGGCGCCUCCUUAGAGGCUAUCGUGAGCGCCGUGGCUAGCAGUACCACGAGUGGAUUGUCAGACCGUAACCUCACUCUUGACUCACCUGGUCCAGAAGUACUACCACACAGUUGUUCCCAAGAUAAUAGUGAUGCCCGAUCUCUUGUACCGUCGCAGGCAUCUGGGUCCGUCCUAUCCAGCAGUUCCGAAUCAUCUGCCCAUAGUUUCGGGUCCAAUCGUUCCCACGGGUCCUUCAAUCGUUUUUAUUUGAAUGAGCCGCCGCGACGGCGCCAUCGUCGACCAGCUAAAAGCACUUCCACCGGAGGGAAACCCCCAAAACGUUCUGUGGAAACCAAGAGGCCUUUUCAAUGUACCUUUUGCACGGACACGUUUCUCACGAAGCAUGACUGGACGCGGCACGAGAAAACCUUACACCUGUCAUUAGAAAAAUUCACCUGUUCCCCCUUCGGGUCGACUUACCGUGACCAGCCCAAUGGGGAUGAACGGUGCGCGUAUUGUGACGAGCCAUGCCCCUCCAGAGACCACAUCGAAGCCCAUCGGGUCAAUGUCUGCCAACAAAAGCCGGUGGCAUUUCGGACGUUCUACCGCAAAGACCAUCUAACUCAACACCUGCGUAUCGUGCACGGAAUAAACAGCCUGACGCCAUCUAUGGAGGGCUGGAAAUCGCAAGUCAUCCAAAUUAAUUCAAGAUGUGGCUUUUGCGGUCAAACAUUCGUCGCUUGGUCUGAACGAAACGAUCACCUCGCACAGCAUUUUCGGGCAGGUGCUGUGAUGAAAGACUGGCACGGAUGCCGAGGCCUCGACCCGCCUGUAGCUUUGGCGGUAGAAAACGCUAUGCCACCCUAUCUAAUUGGCAUGGAGUCGGCAGGCAUAGAGCCCUUCAGUGCUUCUCGCGUGGCGGGUGGACCGCCAGAGAAAGCGGAAGCCAAACCGACGUCCUUUGAGCACCUCACGUCGCGGCUUACCUCGUUCGUGAAUGGCAUGCGCGCCAAAUCUGCGUUCGUCACAGACGCAAUGCUCCAAAAGGAAGCCCGUUGCAUCAUGUACGGCGAUGACGACCCGUGGAAUCAAACGCCAGCCGAUAAUUCCCAGUGGUUAAAGUUAUUCAAGGAUGGUUUGGGAUUGGAUUCCGAGACCGGCCCAUUGCAAAUUCACUCUGCCGAUCCGGCUAACCAGGACGAAUACAAUUUCUGUCUACCCUGGUCAGCCGACGAAUGGGCACCGUUCAGCUAAGUCCCGCAGACAAUGGAUUCUUGCAUGCCGUGGUCCUGGCAAAGUCCGGAAUGCCUUGCCGAAUUCAGGCAGCAUAAUUUAGCCUCCUGCACCACGCAGCCGGCCGAAGGGCAGAGCACGAUUGACCAGGAAACCCUAUUUGACUCCAGCUUGGAUUUAUGGGCCGAACCCGAGUGUGUGACAUCUUGGAAGAGUGCUUCCCAUAUCGAUUGAUUUCACCAGAGAGCUACUCCAUAUAUAGAGCCCGCG